AAUAUAAAAUGAGCUAAUAGUAGUUUCAAAAAAUUAGUACACCACAAAUUUGGAAGUGUUAAACAAAAAGUUUUGCGCCGAAAUCAUUAUUGAUAAUAAUUGAAAGUAAAUAAAUCUUUCAGUGAUAACAAUAGUAAAGAUGUAAUGCUGUAAUAUAGAUGAAAAAAGAUCAGUAUUGAUAUUGCGUAAUAUUAAAGGUAGUACUAUUUAUUUAAAUCGAUCCGCUGCUAGCGAAGCAUAAAAUUGUGGCUAAAGGUGCGUACAGUCGAUAAAGAGAUUCAACAAAAUGGCGAUCGCUAAAUGUUAUGUUUAGUAUUACGAUUGUUUCUCAUCCUAAAAACUACUGUCAGUCACUGUCAGUCAAGUCGCUUGUCAGUGUGAAAAACAAUUAAAAACAAUGUCCACGUAUAUAGUGAAAAGCGAGUAAUUUUAAACAAUCAAUCGAAUAUAAUUUUUAUAACAUCUUUCUCUGAUUGAUAUAAGGUUUGACAUACAUGCAAGUUCUGCAUUUGUAUACUGAAUUUUAAAUUUUAAACAAAGUUAUUAUUUGUUACAAACAUGAAAAGGAAGUGACAAUGAUAUUAAAGUGAUAAUACGUGGUAAAAAUUGAAAAUAAUUAAAUUUAAAAUACAAAAUAUUUUUAAUAUGAAAACGAAUAAAUAAAUAAUCGAGAUUUUACAAAUGUAUAUAAACAGUUUUAAAUAUCUAACUUCCACUUUAGAUACAGUGGAUAUAAAAUUCAAAAAUAGCAGUCAAUUUUUUUACAUAUUAGAUUGUAGUGAACAUAAAACAUUAAAUUUUGAUGAAAUUAAAAAUAAACAGUCAUAUGCAAAGUAUCACAAGAGAAGAGUGUGCCGACAAUGUGAAUAUGUAAUUAUAGAUCAAAAUAAUUUUUAAAUACUUCUUUACAUUAUGGAAGAUUAUACUCCUAUCGAUGAAGAUUUCCUUGGUCGUCUGUUACACCAAGCUGCUUUAUGGGAUAACGCUGAACUGUUGGAAGAUCUUCUGCGAGGAGAACACGCACAGUACAUAAACAGUCAGGAUUCUUGGGGUAGGACACCGUUACAUGCUGCAGCCAUUACUGAAAAUUCAAGGUGUUUGGACGUGUUAUUGUCUGCUGGAGCUAAUCCAAAUAUACCAUGCGGACCAAGAGGUCAUUAUCGUACACCGUUACACGUUUGCGCGGAACAUGGUCAUAAUUCCAAUAUCGAAAAGUUUUUAAAAUUUAACGCCAAUCUAAUGAUUCAAGAUAACAAUGGUAACACGCCGUUAGAUGUAGCAGAAAAAAAUAAACAAGAUGCAUGUAUAAAUUUACUUAAAGUGGCAGCUGAAAAAUAUGAAUUGGCCAAACUAGCGACACAUGCUUCUUUGCGUGCGAUAUGUAUUCAGGGAGAUAUCGUGGCAGCCAGAAACAUUAUCCAAGGACUCACCGCUGAUGUGGAAUCUAUUAUUAACAUGGCACCAAAUGGUGCGAAUACUCUGCUUUUUAUAGCAUGCGAAAUGGGCCAUAAGGAUAUAGUUCGUCUACUUUUAGAUCAUGGUGCAGAUUGCAGAAUUCAUCCUGUUACUAAAUACUGUCCAUUGUAUAUAGCUUGUUACAAUGGCAAAGUAGAAAUCGUAGAACAACUGCUUCGUCAUUUUCCUAAGCAAGUACAAUCUUUAACGGUGGAGAAAUGGUUACCUAUUCAUGCGGCAGCUAUAAACGGUCAUCACAUGAUUAUUGAUUUACUAUUAAAAUUUGAAUAUCCGCAACAUACGUAUCAACGUUACAAAGAUUCCUCUGGAGAAUUUGAAUACGAGAUGCCGUUUGAUAUUAAUACUCAAGACGUAACAGGACAGAAUGUUCUUUAUAUAUCCAGCAUGCUUGGCAACAUUAAAAUCGUUGAAUUGUUAUUGAAUUACAGAGUGAAAGCAAGAAAGAUCAAAGAGGAAGAAAUGGGAGUAACGCAACCACUUCCCGUAUCAAAAAGAAAAAUUUCAAGCGGAAUACAAAGAUUAAUGUCUAGCUUAAAUUUUAGAAGUAAAACGUUUGAUAAAAAGGAUGACAAUAUGAUAUGUCCGUUAAAUUUAGAUUUAUAUUGCAAUAAUGCAACUGAAACCGCUUUACACGCCGCGGUAAAAGGCAAACAUACAGAUGUAGUUACCGCUUUACUAUUGGCUGGUGCCGAUCCUAAUUUACUCGUCAAAGUUCCUUAUGAUCAAAACGAUUCAGAGAGAAAUUAUUCUAGCGCAUUAAUCGUAGCAUGCCAACAGCGUGAUAUAAAAAUUGCUGAUCUUUUACUGAAACACGGUGCUGUAGAUAAUACAUGUAAAGCAAUUAAAAUUGCUGCACAAAAUCGAGACGAACCUUUGACAGCUAAACUUUUGUCCAUAAAAGCUUACCCCGACUGUGAAUACAAAAUCAAUAAGAAAGCUAUGACGGAAUGCACUCAAACGUCUCAUUUCUCGGCAUUGUCCUCUUUUGGUAACGUUACAUAUUCAACGAUAUUCCCAAAUACUCCUACAAUGAUAAACUGGCACGAUCAACAAUGUCAUCUGUCUCAAAUACGAUCCCAAUGGUUAACCGACGCCGUGUUGCAUGUGAACAAAAAAUUGAGCGCCAAAAACAAUGAUUUAGUGUUGUACGCUAUAACCAGGAUAGAUAUCUCUCAUAAUUCAAUUACUUCUAUACCAUCCAUUAUAUUUUAUCUGCAAAGCUUACGGUGCCUAAAUAUGGCUCAGAAUAAAAUAGAUACUCUCAGUGCUGAAGCAAAAAAUGCCAAGGAUAAACUGUGCCCUGUUCUAGAGGAGAUGUAUCUACAAGACAAUCGGUUGGAACAGCUACCUGAAUUCAUCAUGAAUCUACCCAGCUUGGAAAUAAUGGAUGUUUCAAAUAAUAAAUUACAGUGUCUUCCGGACAAUCUAUGGCGAGCACCAAAAUUGAAGGAACUGAAUGCAUCGUUUAAUUUAUUGAAAGAUUUGCCUAGCCAGGUGUCGCAAAAUAUUUCACGGAAAUCACAGCGGGACGACUGUUUGAAUAACAGUCCGAGCAGUCGAAGCUUAGCAGCACAGUUUGCUAUUUCACGCGAGGACUCGUUGGAGUUCGAGUCUUUCACUAAAAUAGCAAAUGCACAAAUAAUCGACAUGGAGCGUCCGCAUGUUUGGACCAAAUCCGUUCAAGUUUCAGAAAAAAUCUCUGACGACAAUGAAGGUGGAGUUAGAUCGGUUCUGGCGUCAUUGAACUUAGCACACAACUUGUUCAACAGCAUUCCAGUAGCAUUGCCGUGUUUGGCUGUUAAUCUGGUAAGAUUAAAUAUGGCAUAUAAUUCUCUACGGUCCAUGAGCCACAUAACUUCGUACCCAGCGAGUUUGAAACAAUUGGAUUUGUCUAAUAAUCAAAUAUCUCGAUGGCCCAGUUUACCGCAAGUGGACGGCGCAGAUUUGACGGAACAAGCAAACACUGCUUGUUAUUGUCCCGCUACAAACGUACAAUCCCCGAUAGUACCAGGGAACAAUAGACAAACGGCAACCUCUUUACGGGACGUGGUUCUCAUGUCGGUUUGCACGCACAGACGUCACUUGCGUUUGGAAAAUUUAAGGACCUUGAUUCUUGCCAAUAAUAUGCUAAACAGAAUUCAAUUAACAUCCGUAGACGACGGGGAAAUGCCAAAUUUCGAGGAAGAGAGCAUAGACAAAGACACGAAGAUAACUUAUUCAGGCUCGAAAUUGUACCUUCUCUUUCCCAACGUCAGUAUGCUCGACGUUAGCAAUAAUAAAUUGAAAGAUAUCCCACAGAACAUUUAUGAAUUGAACAACCUCUCUGUCUUGAACAUAAGCAGUAAUCCAGACAUUGUUGAAUUACCACCGCAAAUGGGUUUGCUGUCCCGUUUAUGGAAUUUAAAUACUCAAGGCUGCCGAUUACAGGAGCCUCUGAAGACGAUGAUCGAAUCGAAAAAAUAUAAAACAAUGGACGUUGUUGGGUAUUUGAAAUCAAUAUUGGAGGAUGCUAAACCGUAUGCUCGAUUGAAGUUAAUGAUCGUUGGAAUUCAGGGUAUCGGUAAAACUAGUCUGCUGGAACAAUUGAGACAAGAAGGCGAGGUACCGAAUAAGAAGAAAGCCUCUGAACACUGGGCAAAGAGAAUGGGUAAUAAAAAUAUCAACGCAAAGACUGCCAGGGGAACGACUAUAUCAACUGUAGGCGUUGAUAUUGGUGAUUGGAUCUAUGAAAAGAAAGUAAGAGGCCAGUCGUCCCACGGUCCUGUUUACUUCAGAACCUGGGACUUCGGUGGGCAAAGAGAAUAUUAUGCCACCCAUCAAUAUUUCUUAUCUAAACGUAGCUUGUAUUUGGUCGUAUGGAGGAUCACUGAUGGUUUCAAAGGUGUGUCUGAGAUAUUUCAAUGGUUGGUAAAUAUUCAAAGCAGAGCACCAAACUCUCCGGUGAUCAUUGUCGGUACCCAUUACGACAUAUCUUAUGAACAUAGCGAGGCUUUGCAGCAGUACAUUCGCGAUAAGUUUAUAAACGUGGUCGAUGCCGAGAAAUGCGGUUUGCCAAAAGUCAUGGAGACCAUUGAAGUAAGCUGUAAAACGAGGCAUAAUAUAAAAAUGCUUUGUAAUUUAAUAUAUGACGUCGUGUUUAGUUUAAGAUCCCCUGGAAGCAAAGAAUUGUUACUCGAACAGAAAGUUCCUGCCAGUUAUCUUGCCUUGGAAGACGUGGUGAUACAGCUUGCGCACGAUAAGAAAUUAUCAGGGGCAGAUCCAGUUUUGAAAGCGGAUCAGUACUAUGCUGCUGUCAACAACGAACUUCAGAAACUGCACAGAUCUUUCAGAGAUCCAGCAGAAUUGCACCAAGCUACGCUUUUCCUUCAUGAAAACGGUAUCAUUCUGCACUACGACGAUGCUACUCUGAAGGAUUUAUACUUCCUUGAUCCUCAAUGGCUCUGUGACAUGCUGGCGCACGUAGUGACGAUACGUGAAAUUAACCCUUUCGCCAGGUCUGGCAUAAUGAAGCUGGACGAUAUUCAACACGUUUUUAAAUCUUCCACGAUAUCGUCCAUCGACACGCAAGGAUAUAUCGUCAGCUUACUGAACAAAUUUGAAGUUGCGUUGACGUGGGAUUAUCGUACAUUACUGAUCCCUUCCUUAUUACCAACCGAAGAAGAUAUUUUAAGAAAUAAUCAAAUGAUCAAGAUACCGGUGAAAACGCGUGGUUGGCACGUAAGAUCCAACAAAAUUACAUCUCCAAUGAUGACGUUUCAAAAUUUUUCCGGAGAUAAAUUGACGACGGAAUGCGUGUUGACGUCUAGGUCGCAACCGGAUUGCUCCGUAACAAGACUGCUUCUAAUGUCUUAUUUUCCUAGUGGAUUUUGGUCGAGGCUUAUAACUAGAAUAUUAGCCGACGAUGCUAUCGUUGAAAUAGUGAUGUCGUUUCUGGCACCGUUCAAAGAUUUCGUCGAUGAUAAUAUUUUUACAAGCUUAUUAAAUACGCAAGCAGAAUGGGUACUCUGGCAGACAGGAAUAGAGCUAAGAUACGCUAACAUUACUUUGCUGCGUCUUAAGGAAGUCAAUUACAAUUUAAAGAACGUACCGUACGAUUACAGGCAAUUUAAAUUUAAACUGAAACAGGACGGCAUAUGGUGUACGGUGGACCUAAAGAAUUCGGCGAUUUUAGAAAUAUGGUUCCCGGUUGACACUUUGGUAAUUAAACAACCUAUAAUGUCAGACUCGGUCGAGGAAGAACCGAUGGGUUAUCAGGCGAUCGUGGUUGAACCACGGCCAGAAAGUAUGCCGCAAUUGCUAGCGCUUAUAGUUGAUCACAUUGAUAUUUUAUUAGAAGACUGGUAUCCUACGUUAGGAACACGUUUUGUCCAUACAUCCGAGGGUAAAUUAUUAGUUACUAGAUUGAUACCGUGCCCUCGGUGCCUAUUGAAUAACGGAGAGAAUGAGAACGAAAUUAACGACAGUGAUCGUUUAGCAGAAGAUAUUCAAAGAUAUUACAUUAAUAAAGAAAGGCAAAGUCAGGAUAGUUAUAAGUCUGACGGUGAUAGUGGUGUAGGAUAUGAUAGUUUAACAUCAAGUAGAAUGCCAUCUUUAGAAGGUCAUCCGGAUGUUGCUAAACAGAAUAGCAAUUCUGAAAGCAUUCUAGCAUAUUCCUGGAUGGUAGAGGAAUGCAUUCUGUCUGCAUAUAGUAAUAAACCAAUUAGUUGUCCUAAGCACUUUGAUAUACCGUUAUCGCAUGUCGCUCCAGAUAUUAUUUUUAUGGAUCUUGGAUCGAAACAUUUGAUAAAAUCAGAAGAUAUCAAGUUAGGAAAACUUUUAGGUCGGGGUGCAUUUGGAUUUGUUUUUAAAGGUGUUUGCCGUUUACCUGGGACAUAUCAAAAGGUCGAUGUUGCCAUCAAAAUGUUACAACCAGUACCGCCUGGUUCAAAUUCAAAACAAUCUGCAGUUCUUGCUUACAAAGCGGCGCAAAGUAAAUGGGAUAGAGAUCCUUUACAAUACGCCUGUAAAGCAUAUUGCACUGCUAGACAAGAGCUAAACAUUUUAUUGACACUGAGACAUAUAAAUAUCGUACCCUUGAUUGGAAUAGUGAUUAGCCCAUUGGCAUUAGUAUUAGAUUUAGCGCCCGAAGGUGCAUUGGAUAGCGUGUUAAAAAAUUACAGACGUUCAGGCGCUAAAUUAGACCCGUACACGUUACAAGCUAUAAUUCUUCAAGUGGCGAAGGCUGUGGAAUACCUUCACCAGCAGCAUGUCAUUUAUAGGGAUUUAAAAUCUGAAAAUGUUCUCGUUUGGCAGAUGCCUUUACCGUUUCAAAAUCAUCCUGAACAUCCUGUCCAUGUUAAAGUAGCCGAUUACGGGAUAUCUAGAUUAACGUUACCAACUGGUGCUAAAGGAUUCGGCGGGACUGAAGGAUUCAUGGCACCUGAAAUUAUUAAAUACAAUGGAGAAGAAGAAUAUACGGAGAAGGUUGAUUCAUUUUCAUUUGGAAUGUUUAUAUAUGAAUUGAUUACUCUGAGGCAACCAUUCGAAGGCCAUGAGGCGGUUAAAGAAUGUAUCUUAGAAGGUGGAAGACCACCGUUAACUUACAGAGAAACGUUUCAUCCUUGUUAUGCUCUUGAUUUAAUGGUCAUAUGUUGGGCUCAAAAUCCUAAAGAACGACCAACUGCAAGUCAAAUAGUUUCUAUUGCAUCUGCACCUGAAUUUACACACCUUAUAGACGUUAUACUGUUAACAGAGAGAACUCAAGUAACUGCUAUUACCAUGACAAAUAAAACUAUAGAAGAAAACAUAAAUGGAGAUGAAAUUUGGUUUGGACACAAUAACGGUGAAGUUGAUAUGCUAUUAGGAACACAAAAAGGAUGGUUACAGCAUGUUAGAAUUGAAACUCCUAUAAUACCAUAUGCUAUGUGUGGAGUUGAUGGAUAUAUAUGGAUCGGUGAUAACACAGGGCAAGUUCAUGUUUAUUUAGGCAGCAAUUUUGGUUGUGUCGCUAGCUAUAAUCUAGAACCUAAUCACAGUAUAGAAUCUAAAGUGAUAGGCUUAAUUUAUUUGGAACAAUUAAAACAAUUUGCAGUAGCCUUGCAUAGUGGAAAAACAUUUCUGUUAUCAAAUUCUUUUACCCAAAUGAAGAAGAUGGAAAUUAUGACUAAUAUACAAGACAAUAUAAAAACAUAUUCUUUAGCAGCUAUUCAUAAAAAGAAACGCAUAUUAGAAUUAUGGGUUGGACAAAGCUUCGGUAGAAUAUCCAUUUAUGUUUUGAAAGAUAGUAGUUUAAUAGACACAGUACAAAUCUGUCAUGUAAGCGGAGAGGUGGCAGUUAAAAAUUUAUUUGCUACAUAUUUAUUAAGCGCUGAAAAUUCCAUCUUAUCGUACACGUACCCUGGAUGUAUCGUAUACCAGUGGGAUGUAGAUACUAGGCAAAUAAUAAAUAAAUUAGAUAUGUCAAAGUUAGUACCUUGUUCUGAGAGUUUGAAGUCCAUUUCUAUAGAAGAAAAUUUAUCGACAGAAAAGUGCCAAGUAACAGCUCUUGAAACUUGUAGGAAUCAGUUGUAUAUCGGUACCACUUGGGGAUGCAUCGUAGUGGCUGAAUGUAAUUCUCUCAGACCGAUUACUGUUUUCAGACCUUUCGAGGGUAAAGUAUGUCAAAUAAUAUCAUUUAAAUCGAUGGAUGAAAAGAAAUUAGUAUUGGCAACAGUUGGCCAGGGUUACAGAAGUUUAAUCUCCCGUUACACAGAUUUUCCAAUUGACAAUUUAGAUUCAGAUGAUCUUAAACAUAGCAUGUAUGCUCUUUUGUGGAGAUCCGAACAUUGGUCGGCAGCUUAAAUAUAAUUUUUCUUUGAUAUCAUAAUAUUAAGAGUGCUUUAUGGUGCAAAGAUAAAAGGUGAUAUAACUGGUUGAGAAUUCUAUACGUCCAUGAUAUACUUCAGUCUCUAGACUUUAAGCUUUCUACUUUGCCUCAUAUAUUUUUUCAACUAAAAGUGGAAAUAUUUAUUCUUUAAUCUGUCCAAGUUGCAUGGUGCUUGAUUGCAACAUCAUUUGCAAGAUUUUCAUUUGCAAGAUAAAUGUAAUUAAAGCAGGAUAUUUUUAUCUUUAUUAUCUUAUGAUGCAGCACAGUACGUAUAGUUUUAUAGUUUACGAGUACUUAAGUCUGCAAGAUAAUGAUGCAUUGAUUUGAUAACAGGUAGAAAAUAGAUUGCUAACCUCGCGAUACAAUUUAAAAAUUUAUUUAAUGAUCUCUAAAAUAUGAAUAAAUAUUUUGUACAUGCAAAUAGUUUAAUACGUACGUUUUUACACUUAUUAAGUUGAAAGUACAAUUACUGUAGUACGUACAUAUUUUUAUAAUUUUUUGCUUAAAAAUCUUUUUCUGUAUAAUUUAGAAUUAUAAAGUGAUAAGAAAUAAUGAUAAUUCCAAAAUAGUUUCAGUACUAAAAAAGUUAUUGAACUAGCGAAGAGCCAAAUUUUAUUAUAAUUAUAAAAAUGUGAAAGUAGAGCUUUUAAUAAUUGAAAUUAUUAACAUGUAAAUGAAUGUAUAAAAGUUGUGAAUGAAACCUGUGAUUGUUAAUGAAUGUAGUUAAGGAACAUCCAUUGCUGGUAAUUCUUUCAAAGUUUCAAUAUUAUGCUUAAUAAUUAGGUCCUGACCACGGUACAAAAAGUAUCCUUUGAAUAAUUCCCC